AUGCCUUCCAAUUUUUUCGAAUACGAAAAGCAGAACAAUCGGCUCAUUCGGACACUUCGGGAGAACAAACAGUUUGCAUCAAUUGUCAAAACAAUUAUUGAUAAUGAUGCUGUGUUGCUGUUUCCUCACGAUCAGAGUGUAGCUAUGUGUUUAUCAAAUAUUAAAAAUCAUUCGCUGUUUAGUAAACCAUCAUCGACAUCAAACAGUGCAAUCACUCCGAAUAUUGAUUUCAUGCAGAGUCAUAUUGCUUUUGUCAAUCAACACAAUCCACAUCAAUUUAUUACGAUGAAUGGAAUAAGAGGAAUAUUUACGGAAGAUUUCGGAGCAAUACAAAUUCUUCAAGGACCCCCAACUGGAGAGGAAUGUAUCAGUUUUUUCCAAGAGCCAAAAUCUUUAUUUACGUACAAAAAUAGCGAAACUGGAAAAUGUGUCUUUGAUCCACCCUAUGAUGUUAAGGCAAAAAUUCAAAUAUUACGAAAGGGAGAAGUUAAUUUAGAAGAAACCAUCAUGAGUCUACCGUCACAACCCACAAGUAACUCUUCAAAUUAUUGGAUUGUAGGAUCGCCUGAAUCUCAAAAAGACAAGACUCUUCAUUUGGAAGAAAAAACAAUGAAUUUAGAAUCCAUACAAGUCAAACUUUAUUUAAUAUCCAAUCCUAUCACAUAUGCUGGGUGUUCAUGGACAGAUGACGAAAAACUAAGUUCACACAAUGAGAAAAAAUUUACUAGAUCCUAUUCUAUGGUCUUUGAUGACUCUGAUCAUGAUUUUGUUACUGUAGACAAGAAUAACUCUCCUCUCGGAUCGUCUCACACAAAAUCUAUUGAUAUUCCUUCAAAAAGGUCUGGAUCUGGGCUAUCCAACUCUGUACCAACAUAUCCAUCAUCAAUGGAAGAUCAUUUCAUUACAGAUAAUGUGGAAUUACCUGCAGAUGAAUCUGAAUCAUUAUUUAUCAAAACAGCAAAUAUGAAAAACAAAAAUCAUGCCAAUGAUACUCUUACCUCUCCAAGAAAUGUAAAUACCAACAACAAAAUUAAUCAACUCAUUGAUUCUCAUAAUGGAAAUUCGAAUGACCUUUUUCAAAAGAAAUCAGAACCAACAGAAACAACCUCUGCUUUUAAUGCUGAGAAAAAAGAUUACAAAUUUGAUUUUAAGGCUUUUCUUCAAAAGCUUAAAGACAAAUCCGUUGUACAGUUGACUCGAAAAAUCAAGUCAUUUACUUUUGAAAUUUCCAAUAAGGAGUACAAUCCUAAUACUCCUAAAAUUGUUCAAACAUUUUUGUCAGAUAUUAUGCGAGAAAUAUCACAACAUGAGCAAUGGAAAAAUGCUACAGAACAAGAUUUGAUGAAUGCCAGAGAGGGUAUUGAGAAAUACGUCAUGACUAAAAUAUUUUCCAAAGUUUUUUCUCCCACAUUGGAAGAUAUUGAGAUUGAUAACCAAGUAGCCUCAAGAAUUUCAAUGUUUAAGAGAGUGAUAACCCCGAAAAACCUUGACAUUUCACCCAAACUGGUGGAAGAUGGUCUUUUUGUAAAAGCUGUUGAAGAACUCAAAAAGAUUACAUUUUACAAAACUCCAAGAGACAAGCUAAUCUGUAUUUCUAAUUGUUGCCAUCUCACAAUGAAUCUUUUGAAAAAAGUAAUGCAUGAAAUGGAUGCUCCAGGUGCAGAUGAUUUUGUACCUGUACUAAUUUAUAUUGUCCUAAAAUCAAAUGUACCCCAUCUUCACUCCAAUAUCAAAUAUAUUCAAGAGUAUAGGAACCCUCAAGGGUUGGAGGGACAUACAGGAUACUUUUUAACUUCGCUUGAACUGGCAAUGACAUUUUGGCUUUCAUGUGAUCACAACCAGCUCAAUAUGGACGAAUUCACUUUCCAACAGGUCAUCAAUUUUGAAGAUGUGUUUGGAAAAGCAAUUUCUACAACCGAUGAAUCUGAGAAAAGAGACAGUAAUGUUAAAACAGAGCAAAAUCAAGUCAUUCCACAAUCCUCGAUGGACAAUGUGGAGCAUGCUGAGGAGGAGCAAGUGAUAGAGUAUAAUUCCAAACGAGAGGACACAAUUGUUCCUGUUUCAUCGAGCAUUGAACAACAAGAUACGACAGCUGAAUCGUCAUCGUUCAUCCAUGAACCAACAAGUUGUAUGGCACUCAUGACAGAAGAGCCAAAGCAGGAAAUUGUUAAUAGAAGUGAUCUUCCAACUGAGGAUCAAGCCAAGAUUGUUGAAAGCUGUACAUAUUCAGCUGAAGACAAGUGGGAACGCCUCACAUUGUUUGUCAAUGACUCAAACCUGACUAAGCUCAACUUUGAACAUGUUCAAGUUCAAGAUCUUUGCAUUCGAGAUUUAGAACACUUAAUGAGUGAAUAUAAGAAGCUAGCUAGUAUUUACAACUUUAUCAAAAAUCAAAUGAAUAAUAGCAAUGAAUAA